AUGGAUGGGUCUCUACACGCUUUGAUGGCUCGCGAUGAGGACAAUGGCCAUUCCCAGGGUCAACGUGCAUUGGUGGUGACGACGGUACUGACCGCCAUUUCCACUGUCAUUGUUGCCAUGCGGUUAUAUGCACGACUUGGUUUGAUGAAGAUCACCGGUCGAGAGGAUUGGGCUAUUUUGAUUUCCUUGGUGUUUGCUCUGGUUUACCUAGCCCUCGUUGCGGCUCAACUACACUAUGGCAUGGGAAUCCACUCGGAUCUGCUUCCUAGUAAUGUGCUGCAGCAACAACUCAAGUGCUUGUGGGCUGCUAUCCCCAUGUAUAACGCCAGCUUGGCAUUCACCAAGUUCUCCAUUCUCUUCCAAUAUCUACGCAUUUUCCCUGGUCGAUCAUUCCGCUUCGCUUGCUACAUUGUGAUGGCCAUCGUAGCCACCUACUCAACAUGGGCUAUCAUCAGUGGCUACGUGAACUGUGUUCCAGUCGCGAAAUUCUGGAACCACGACCUGCCAGGCAAUUGUUUAAGUUUUGAGGCCGUCUGGUUCUUCAAUGCCUCUAUGAAUAUCGCAACAGACGUUUCACUGCUUCUGUUGCCGAUGCCGCUCCUUUCUAAACUCCAACUCCCCCGCAUGCAAAAGCUCGCUCUCAUGGGUGUCUUCGCGAUUGGUAUUCUGGUUGUGAUUACCAGUAUCCUCCGUCUAUCAAGUCUCCGCCAAGUAGCAAAGAGCACCGAUACUUCUUACAGCAACGUCGGAGCCGCCUACUGGACCGCAGCAGAGUGCAACGUCGCUAUUAUCUGCUCAUGUCUACCCUUCCUACGACCAAUUAUCAGCCGCAUCUUCCCCAAGCUCCUAUCUACAAACAGCUACAACCGCUACACCUCCAACAACAGACCCACCGUCACCAACAUGACCACAACCCGCAGCCAAAAACGCCACACGGAGCUUUUCAGCCAGAAUCACGACAAGGAAUAUGAUAUGUACUCCAUAAAUGUCAAACCUGGCGACCGCGCAAGUCACAGCUCUCUUAGCGGUAUCGAGGUUACUACCGAGAUGAGCAUCAUGCAGGACUCGACUAAGCAUGAGUUGACUAAACAUGAUAAUUCCAGUGAGCGGCGGCUAGUUACGGAUGUUUGA